AUGGUUUUGGGACUGAGGGUAGUGAGAGGGCCAGACUGGGGUCUUGGGAACGAAGAUGGAGGUGACGGCCAUCUUGGAACUGUGGUGAAGGACCACGGCAACAACACUGUUACAGUAGUAUGGGACAUGGGGACAAUGACGACAUGUAGUGCUGGAAAAGACGGUAAAUGUGACCUUCGGAUACUGGAUAAUGCGCCAACAGGUAUUCGUUUCGGAUCGGCGACCUGUUCCGAGUGUAAAGUGAAUGGUAUAUUUGGCAUGAAGUGGAACUGUAUGCAAUGUGAUGGGCUGUGUCUUUGUAGCGUUUGCUACAUUAAGGGUAAACACAACGAGAAGCACGUGUUCCUGAGAUACUUCUGUCCUGGAUCUGACGGAGUGAAGGUGCCAAAACGUUUUACUUCCAACAAGCAGCGAUCCCUGGGUAUUUUCCCCGGAGCCAAGGUUGUCCGAGGAAUGGACUGGAGGUGGUCAGAUCAAGAUGGUGGAGCUGGUAAACCUGGAACAGUGGCGGGACUACGCUCGUAUGAGGAGGGGUUAGGAGAUCGUAAUAGUGUAGCUGUUACGUGGGAGAAGACACAGAAAACUUAUAAAUAUCGUCUCGGUUUUGAAGGCAAGGUGGAUUUAAAAUGUAAAGUGGAUGAAGAGGCCCCGGGAUAUGAUUAUUACAAAGAACAUCUUCCAGUUCUAGAUGCUGAUAUUUUAGCGAUGUACGCAGAACUGUCCUCUGACGUUUUAAAGGUCAACGACAGUGUGUGUGUGGGCGUGUCCAAGGAAGACUUGAAGGUCUUACAGGAAAAUCACGGUGGCUGGACCGUACGAAUGGAAGAGUUACCAGGACGAAUGGGCAAAAUCGAUAAAUUUACCCGUAGUGGUGACGCUCUUGUGUCCUUUGGGGCGGAAAAAUGGAUUGUCAAUCCAGACACACUGGUCAAGGUUCAUGAUGUAGAUAUCGACGACAUCGUGACAGUGGUAGAUGACCAGGAGUUCGUAAAGUUAGCUCAGGAGGACCAUGGUGGCUGGGUGGACGAUAUGGCUAUCUUGCUAGGUAAAGCAGGUAAAGUUGUACGUAUUACACCUAAGGAAGACGUGGUGGUUGCUUUCGGAAAGAAGACCUGGGUGUUUAGUCCUGCUUGUCUAACUCCGUCCCCUGAUGAGGAAAUAUUCGAAGUAAAUCCUCGCACUGAUGGUACAUUUCAGAGUGCUGCUGGAUAUGGCAAUGUCCUUGGAUUACUGUUGGCACAGAUGUUGCUCGAUGGAGCCGGUGUACGAGUGGUUGGCCCGGAAGAGUUCAUACAGGCAGCCGCUAGAGGCGAUGAAGAUCUUAUCGGCAAAAUCUUAAGAUCUAAACCUCAGUUGGUGAAUCAAGUGAUCAAAGAUACAACAGCUCUUGUCUUAGCCAGCCAUGAAGGGCAUGACGAAGUGGUGAAGACGCUUCUUCGGAACAAAGCGAAUACCGAACAAACAGACGCUGGUGGCAAUACACCUCUUCUUGCAGCCGUUGUAGGGAAGAAGGUCAGUACUACAAAGAUACUACUUGACGCCGGGGCGAACAUCGACUUUGCGAAUCGUCAACAUCGUACAGCGCUUCAUAUCGCGUCGAAAGCUGGGGAGGACUUGUUGGUAAAGCUUCUCAUUGUCAGGGAAUGUGACGUCAACCCACAGGACAUCGCUGGAAACACUCCAAUUCAUGACGCCAUAUAUGGAAGUCAUGACGAUGUUAUUGCCUUGCUGUUGGGUCAGACAAAACUAGAUUUCUGCAAAAAAAACAGAAGGGGAAUGAAUGUGCUACACUUGGCUGCCAUUAAGAACAAUGGGCUUGCAGUGGAUGAAAUCGUCGGCAGACAUAAGGAUCUUGUUGAUGUUAAGAAAGAGGAUGGCGUUACGGCGCUCCACCUGGCGGCAUACAACAAUCAUACACAAGUAGCUUCUGUCCUUCUCAUCAAGGGUUCAGCGACCAUUGAUAUUCAAACCAAUGACGGGGAUACACCACUCCAUCUGGCGGCAAUGCAAUGUCAUUAUCUCAUGGUCAAACUCCUUCUUGACAACGAAGCAAGCACGACCUUGCAGGAUAAUAAAGGAAACACUCCACUCCAUGUCGUCCUCGGAAGUAGUGUGUCACACCAAACGCUGCUUCAAGUCCUCAUGGUGGGUCCAAGAGGCAGCGAUGUGGAAAGGAUCAAGAUCGGUUGUCUAUUGGUACAAUUUGGUGCUAAAAUUGAUGUUAAAAACAAGUCAGGAAAAACCCCUAUCGACGUCUGUCAGGACCAGACCGUUCGGAGGGCAAUAGUCAAGUGUGCUGAGCAGACAAAACCGGCAGCAAAUGCAAGAAGUCGACCUACGUCUGCUGCCGGAGAGAGAAAAGUUUUCUCACGAAUGAAGAUGAACUGUGUGGAAUGUUCGGACAAUCCAGCGCAGAUUACGUAUGAACCAUGUAAACACAAGCUACAUUGUUUGCAGUGUACGUUUGAGUUCGACGAAUGUCCAGUAUGUUAUGGGGACAUCGAGAAAAGAAAAGACCAAGAUGGUAACGUAAUCAUUUGUUCGCCGAAUCCAUGCCGCAUGCAGUGA